AUGACUGUCAUAGAAGAGAGUCGCCCUUUUGCCCAGCAGCUAUCCAAUGUCUACUUUACUAUACUUUGCCUUUUUUGUUUUAAACUUUUUGUGAAAAUCAGCCUUGCUAUACUUAGUCAUUUCUACAUUGUGAAAGGAAACCGUAAGGAGGCAGCAAGGAUAGCUGCUGAAUUUUAUGGAGUUCCUCAAGGACAAGGUUCAUGGGCAGAUCGCUCACCUCUGCAUGAGGCAGCCAGUCAAGGACGUCUUCUUUCUCUAAAGACUUUAUUGUCACAGGGGUACAAUGUAGACACACUAACAAUUGACCAAGUAACUCCACUUCAUGAAGCCUGCCUGGGAGAUCAUGUAGGAUGUGCAAGAAUUCUUCUUGAAGCAGGAGCAAAUGUGAAUGCUACAACAAUUGAUGGAGUCACACCUUUAUUUAACGCCUGUUCAAGAGGCAGCGCAGCAUGUGCUGAGCUCCUCUUAGAGUAUGGUGCCAAAGCUCAGUGGGAGACCUGUCUUCCCUCACCAACCCAUGAAGCAGCCAGCAGAGGUCACAGUGAAUGUCUGGAAGUGCUGAUAUCCUGGGGUAUAGAUGUGGACCAAGAUCUUCCUCACUUAGGAACACCUCUGUAUGUAGCAUGUGUUUCACAGCAGAUCCAUUGUAUUCGAAAGCUUCUUUAUGCAGGUGCCAACGUGCAGAAAGGAAAGCAUUUAGAAACUCCACUCCAUGCUGCUGCUCAACAUUCUAGUACAGAGAUCAUAAACUUACUUCUUGAAUUUGGGGCAGAUAUAAAUGCCAAAAAUACAGAUUUUGAGAGGCCUGUUGAUUUAGCUGCUCCAAGCAGUUCAGUAGAGAGACUGCUGCUCCUCCAUGAAGCCACACCAUCUUCUCUUUGUCAGCUCUGCCGACUAUGUAUCAGGAAUUACAUAGGAAGAGCAAGGCUGCAUCUUGUCCCACAACUCCAGCUGCCAACAAUACUGAAGAAUUUCUUACAGUAUAGAUAA